CAAAAACAUCUAUAUAUCACUAAGCUUAGAGCCCAUGGACACCUCACGCCGUGGUUAAUGACCUGGCCCGGAGCAUGGGCACGGUGGCCUCCGCCGGGAAGGCGGUGAAGAGCGUUUGGAGACCUUUCCGGCGGAAGGGAGCUGCAACAAGCUCUGCAAGCUCAGCCGAGGCACCAGGUCUCGCACCUCAAGCUGCCGCUGAAGCUCCUGCUGAAGCUGCCGCUGAAGCUGCCGUUGCGACAGGAGACACCAAGAGCGAUCUCCUCAUCCCUUCGCGUGAAGACCGCUCGAAGGAAGCUACUGUACAGAGAGAUACCACUUCUUCCGGGCGCGAUGCUGCUGAAAAGAAGCGCUCCCGCUCCCGGCGUGAAGACCGGGCAAAGACCGCGGUCGCGGAAGGUGACGAUGUCCUCCGCGCCGUCCACCGUGACCGCCGUGCAAGCCCGAAGGCCGAGGCCGCUGGAGGCACCCCAGACCGGACGGCGACGUCCAGCAAGGCGCAAGAUGCAGGUCAGCGCACGCCCCUGGCGGACGGUGAAACAAAUGCCGAAGGAGCCCACCAGGCGCCGGCCAACGCCACGGCCGAGAGCGGGCUCACGAGGCUCCCCGAAGGCAGCUGCACCCCUGAGUUGCUCGGAUCCUCCUGGAGGUUGGCAAAGCUGAAACUGAGUCAUCGUGAACCUAGGCCGAUCUCUCCCAUGAAGGCAGAUGAGACGCCCAUGCCGCCCUCGCGCACCCUGGAGGAUCUUCCAAAGCCUUGGGUCCGGGUGCCGCAUGAGGAUGAGUUCUACUUUUGGAACACUGAAACGGAUGAGGUCACCUGGGACUUCGAAGACUGCUUCACAGCAGCCUUGUCGUUGCCAAUCAGUCCGACCGAAGCGGGCCUGCAAGAUAGCCAGGCCGUUGAGGGCUUGGACUCGGAGGAAGAGGACGAGGAUUUGGAGGCCUUGGCUGCAGCCCUGCGCGAAGCGAAGGUCUGGCAGUCGGAAGCCUCCAUGGAAUUGGCGAACCCGAACCUUCCCGCCGAGAACGUCACGCUUCCAAGCGUCGAAGUGGUCCCCGAGCAGGCCUCGGACUCCGACCCCGUGGCGAACACCACCGGCGACCCCGUGGCCAACACCACCACCACCACACCAGACGCGAAGGUCCAGAUGGCCGCGGAUCGGCCCCUGAUUGACCCGCAAGACCUGAGCUUCAGUCGCAUGGGUUUCCUCUCUCCAGGAAGCCCGCUACGCCGCACCAUCUCCAGUGCCAUCUCCCGACGCGCGGGCGACUUCUACGAGCUCUGGCGCGAGCAACGGGUCGGGCAUAGCAGUGAGAGGCUUGCAGGAGCCCUGUUCUUCGAGUCUUUUGUGGAGCAACGCUCCCGAUCAAGCUCACCGCAGAAGAUGGGAUCACCCAUGAAACGCCCUCGUGAGAAGGAGAGCCCCAAGAAAAGAGUGGCGAGUUCACAGGAUGGCGGACCACGGAGACUAAAGCCCAGCCCGAAGGGCGAGGUGGUGAGCCCUCCGCGGCGAAGGAGUCCCGCCGAGGCUAGCCCAGCUCGCAAUCCUGAGGAUGGCCCUCCAGGCAGCCGUUUGCGCCAGGAGAGGCCAGCUCCAAAGGAUGCGAACGCCUCGAAUCCAAAGGAUGCGAAAGUCAAGGAUCCAUCCCAGCGACCUCCUUCUGCGGGCGUGAGCUCCGUGCGAGUUCCGCGCCCAAGGAAGGUGAGACUCGCCCCAUGUCCCAUGUGUUCGACUCCGUCGACUGCGCAGGAGGUGCCUUCGCCGGCCCCAAAGUGCACGGACUCCUUGCGGGAGGAGCUCAGAGGCGCACGGCAGCGGAAGGAGGCGAAGUUGGUGAAGGUCUACACUGGCCCAGUGUUGCCUGCCUUCGGGGAAGUCGGUCAAAUACAAACAAGACCGGCGUGGAGUUGAAUGGCGAAAAUCCGCCAAAA